AUGGAAAAGGGUUGGAGUGCGUGCGUCCAGACCCUUGAGGGCCAUAGCAAAUCGGUCAAGUCGGUCGCUUUCUCUCACGAUUCCAAGCUCCUCGCCUCGGCUUCGAACGAUCGCACCAUCAAGGUAUGGGAUGCCAGAAGCGGCCAGUGCCUCCAGACUUUCGAGGGCCAUAGCGACUGGGUUAACUCAGUCGUCUUCUCCCACGAUUCCAAGCUCCUCGCCUCGGCUUCGAACGAUUUCACUAUCAAGGUGUGGGUUGCUGACAGUGGCCAGUGCCUUCAGACCCUCGAGGACCAUAGAAGCCGGGUCAACUCGGUCGUCUUCUCCCACGAUUCUAAUCUCCUCGCCUCGGCUUCGGACGAUUGCACUAUCAAGGUAUGGGAUGCCGAUAGCGGCCAGUGCCUUCAGACCUUCGAGGGCCAUUACAUCGCCUUUUCCCACGAUUCCAAGCUCCUCGCCUCGGCGUCGCUUGGUCGCACCAUUAAGGUGUGGGAUGUCGGCAGCGGCCAGUGCCUCCAGACUCUCAAGGGCCAUAGCGACUGGGUCAACUCGGUUGUCUUCUCCCACGAAUCCAAGCUCCUCGCCUCAGCUUCGAAAGAUCGCACCGUCAAGGUGUGGGAUGCUAGCAGCGGCCAGUGCCUCCAGACCCUCGGGGGCCAUAGUAGCCGGGUCAAGUCGGUCGUUUUCUCCCACGAUUCUCAGCUCCUCGCCUCAGCUUCAGACGAUCGCACCGUCAAGGUGUGGGAUGCUAGCAGCGGCCAGUAUCUUCAGACUCUCGAGGGCCAUAGCGACUGGGUCAACUCAGUCGUUUUCUCCCACGAUUCCAAGCUCCUUGCCUCGGCUUCGUACGAUCGCAACAUCAAGGUGUGGGUUGCUGACAGCGGCCAGUACCUCCAGACCCUUGAUGGCCAUAGAGGCUCGGUCAACUCGAUCGUCUUCUCCCACGAUUCCAAGCUCCUCGCCUCGGCUUCGGACGAUUUCACUAUCAAGGUAUGGGAUGCCGAUAGCGGCCAGUGCCUCCAGACCCUCAAGGGCCAUAGCGACCGGGUCCACUCGGUCGUCUUUUCCCACGACUCCAAGCUCCUCGCCUCGGUGUCGCCUGAUCGCACCGUCAAGGUGUGGGAUGCCGGCAGCGACCAGUGCCUCCAGACCCUUAAGGGCCAUAGCGGCUUAGUCCACUUCGUCGUCUUCUCCCACGAUUCUAAGCUCCUCGCCUCAGCUUCGAACGAUCACACCGCCAAGAUGUGGGAUGCUAGCAGCGGCCAGUGCCUCCAGACCCUCGAGGGCCAUAGUAGCCGGGUCAACUCGGUCGUUUUCUCCCACGAUUCUCAGCUCUUCGCCUCAGCUUCGGACGACUUCACUAUCAAGGUAUGGGAUGCUAGCAGCGGCCAGUGCCUCCAGACCCUCAAGGGCCAUAGAGGCUCGGUCAACUCGGUCGUCUUCUCCUACGAUUCCAAGCUCCUCGCCUCGGCGUCGCCUGAUCGCACCGUCAAGGUGUGGGAUGCCGGCAGCGGCCGGUGCCUCCAGACCCUCGAGGGCCAUAGCGGCUGGGUCCACUCAGUCGUCUUUUCCCACGAUUCCAAGCUCCUCGCCUCGGCUUCGAACGAUCACGCCGUCAAGAUGUGGGAUGCCAGCAGCGGCCAGUGCCUCCAGACCCUCAAGGUACACUUUGUUUAUCUUCAGUUUCAGAUAUGGGACCGACCAACACCACCGCCCCCAAAGUGGGGCGAUUUGAAGGUUAUGGUAUAA